CCCGGGAGCGCCACGGCCGCGGCCAGACGGCGGGAGCGGAGCGCGGCGAGCGGAGGCGGCGAGCGGCGCCCGCGCCGCAGCCCCGGCCUGGGCGAGAGCGCGAAUAUUUUUCAAGAGACUCAAACUUUCUUCCUUUCCCCGUUUUCUGGGGCCCCUCUUGCCUGGAAUUGCUCUCCAGGUUCCUGCGGGGCGCCGGGCUGCUCUUCCUCCCCCGGGUUUAUCGGCGGCUCGGCUAACUUCACGGACCUGGGGACCCCGGGACCCGCGGCGCUCGUCCCUCGGCCAAACCCAGCCCGCGCUACUCCCCGGAUCAGGAGGGCCGGGCCCGGGGCUCCUUCGCCGCCGCGAGUGCUUUCAGCCCGGGCCCCCCGGAGUCGGGCGGCUGAGCCCACGGCGGCUGCCGCAGGACUGGAAACAGCAGAUUGAUUAACUCGAGCGGAGCCCCGGCCUCCCCGACUCCGCUCCGCUGAGGGGCGGCCCCAGUGCGGGGAAACGACAAGUUUGUCAGUCGUCCGUGGCCUGUUGGAUCCAAGCGCCGCCGCCGAGAGGUCCCCGACGCCCAGCGUCCCGCGCGGACAGCCCUGGGGAUCCGGGGCGGCUCGGCGGUCGGGCUCCUCGGGUGGGAGCGCUGGUUGCUGUGCCGGGCUCGCCGAGGCACCCGGGGCUGGGCCGGCGCCUCCUGCUUCCCCACGCGGGCAGCGGCCCCGCCAGAGGAGAAACCCGGGUCGCCGCCACCUCUGCCUCUUCAGUCUCCUGGUCUUCGUCGCCGCUGUCACCUCUCAGGGAAAGGGGAGGACAUAGGGGCGUCGCGGGGCCCCGGCGAAUGCGCCCCCCACCGCCUCUCGGGCUGCGCCGCCUCGCGGGGAUGAAGCACCGGCCGUGAAGAUGGAGGUGACCUGCCUUCUACUUCUGGCGCUGAUCCCCUUCCACUGCCGGGGACAAGGAGUCUACGCUCCAGCCCAGGCGCAGAUCGUGCAUGCGGGCCAGGCGUGUGUGGUGAAAGAGGACAACAUCAGCGAGCGUGUCUACACCAUCCGGGAGGGGGACACCCUCAUGCUGCAGUGCCUUGUAACAGGGCACCCUCGACCCCAGGUACGGUGGACCAAGACGGCAGGUAGCGCCUCGGACAAGUUCCAGGAGACAUCGGUGUUCAACGAGACGCUGCGCAUCGAACGUAUUGCACGCACGCAGGGCGGCCGCUACUACUGCAAGGCUGAGAAUGGCGUGGGGGUGCCGGCCAUCAAGUCCAUCCGCGUGGACGUGCAGUACCUGGAUGAGCCAAUGCUGACGGUGCACCAGACAGUAAGCGAUGUGCGAGGCAACUUCUACCAGGAGAAGACGGUGUUCCUGCGCUGUACUGUCAACUCCAACCCGCCUGCCCGCUUCAUCUGGAAGCGGGGUUCCGAUACCCUGUCCCACAGCCAAGACAAUGGGGUCGACAUCUAUGAACCUCUCUACACUCAGGGGGAGACCAAGGUCUUGAAGCUGAAGAACCUGCGGCCCCAGGACUAUGCCAGCUACACCUGCCAGGUGUCUGUGCGUAACGUGUGCGGCAUCCCAGACAAGGCCAUCACCUUCCGGCUCACCAACACCACGGCACCACCAGCCCUGAAGCUGUCUGUGAACGAAACUCUGGUGGUGAACCCUGGGGAGAAUGUGACGGUGCAGUGUCUGCUGACAGGCGGUGAUCCCCUCCCGCAGCUGCAGUGGUCCCAUGGGCCUGGCCCACUGCCCCUGGGUGCUCUGGCCAAGGGUGGCACCCUCAGCAUCCCUUCAGUGCAGGCCCGGGACUCUGGCUACUACAACUGCACAGCCACCAACAAUGUGGGCAACCCUGCCAAGAAGACUGUCAACCUGCUGGUGCGAUCCAUGAAGAACGCUACAUUCCAGAUCACUCCUGAUGUGAUCAAAGAGAGUGAGAACAUCCAGCUGGGCCAGGACCUGAAGCUAUCGUGCCACGUGGAUGCAGUGCCCCAGGAGAAGGUGACCUACCAGUGGUUCAAGAAUGGCAAGCCGGCACGCAUGUCCAAGCGGCUGCUGGUGACCCGCAAUGAUCCUGAGCUGCCCGCAGUCACUAGCAGCCUAGAGCUCAUUGACCUGCACUUCAGUGACUAUGGCACCUACCUGUGCAUGGCUUCUUUCCCAGGGGCACCCGUGCCCGACCUCAGCGUCGAGGUCAACAUCUCCUCUGAGACAGUGCCGCCCACCAUCAGUGUGCCCAAGGGUAGGGCCGUGGUGACCGUGCGCGAGGGAUCGCCUGCCGAGCUGCAAUGCGAGGUGCGGGGCAAGCCGCGGCCGCCCGUGCUCUGGUCCCGCGUGGACAAGGAGGCUGCACUGCUGCCCUCGGGGCUGCCCCUGGAGGAGACUCCGGACGGGAAGCUGCGGCUGGAGCGAGUGAGCCGAGACAUGAGCGGGACCUACCGCUGCCAGACCGCCCGCUAUAAUGGCUUCAACGUGCGUCCCCGUGAGGCCCAGGUGCAGCUGAACGUGCAGUUCCCGCCGGAGGUGGAGCCCAGUUCCCAGGACGUGCGCCAGGCGCUGGGCCGGCCCGUGCUCCUGCGCUGCUCGCUGCUGCGAGGCAGCCCCCAGCGCAUCGCCUCGGCUGUGUGGCGUUUCAAAGGGCAGCUGCUGCCGCCGCCGCCUGUCGUUCCCGCCGCCGCCGCCGCCGCCGAGGCGCCGGAUCACGCGGAGCUGCUCCUCGACGCCGUAACUCGCGACAGCAGCGGCAGCUACGAGUGCAGCGUCUCCAACGAUGUGGGCUCGGCUGCUUGCCUCUUCCAGGUCUCCGCCAAAGCCUACAGCCCGGAGUUUUACUUCGACACCCCCAACCCCACCCGCAGCCACAAGCUGUCCAAGAACUACUCCUACGUGCUGCAGUGGACUCAGAGGGAGCCCGACGCUGUCGACCCUGUGCUUAACUACAGACUCAGCGUCCGCCAGCUGAACCAGCACAAUACGGUGGUCAAGGCCAUCCCGGUCCGGCGCGUGGAGAAGGGGCAGCUGCUGGAGUACGUCCUGACCGAUCUCCGUGUGCCCCACAGCUAUGAGGUCCGCCUCACACCCUAUACCACCUUCGGGGCUGGUGACAUGGCCUCCCGCAUCAUCCACUAUACAGAGCGCCAGAUCCGCUGGCCCCCAGUCCUGGCUCUGAGGACCCUGUCCUCUGGUCCCAAGCAGGGUAUCCUCUGCAGAGCCCCACACCUCAGUUCUGACUUGGUUUCCCUGCUUGCUUUCUCAGCCAUCAACCCUCCGAACCUUUCAGACAACACCUGCCACUUUGAGGAUGAGAAGAUCUGUGGCUACACCCAGGACCUGACAGACAACUUUGACUGGACGCGGCAGAAUGCCCUCACCCAGAACCCCAAACGCUCCCCCAACACUGGUCCCCCCACUGACAUAAGUGGCACCCCUGAGGGCUACUACAUGUUCAUCGAGACGUCAAGGCCUCGGGAGUUGGGGGACCGUGCAAGGUUAGUGAGUCCCCUCUACAAUGCCAGUGCCAAGUUCUACUGUGUCUCCUUCUUCUACCACAUGUAUGGGAAACACAUCGGCUCCCUCAACCUCCUGGUGCGGUCCCGGAACAAAGGGGCUCUGGACACGCAUGCCUGGUCCCUCAGUGGCAAUAAGGGCAAUGUGUGGCAGCAGGCCCAUGUGCCCAUCAGCCCCAGUGGGCCCUUCCAGAUUAUUUUUGAGGGGGUUCGAGGCCCAGGCUACCUGGGGGAUAUUGCCAUAGAUGACGUCACACUGAAGAAGGGGGAGUGUCCCCGGAAGCAGAUGGAUCCCAAUAAAGUGGUGGUGAUGCCGGGCAGUGGAGCCCCCUGCCAGUCCAGCCCACAGCUGUGGGGGCCCAUGGCCAUCUUCCUCUUGGCGUUGCAGAGAUGAUGAGAGCUGUGUGGCCCCCCCUCACCUUGCCCCCGGCACACCAAAGUGUCCACAUUGUACCAAAGACUGACCCCCGCCAGCUGGGGUGCCCAGGGGCAGGACCGGCCCGCCAGGGAGGGGGCCUGCAUUGGCUGCAAGGAUGAGCAGAGAACAAGGGCAGAGGCCAGGUACUGAGGCCCUGGAGACAGCUGUUCCACAUGCACACACGCACACACUCAUGCUCACACACACAGAGAUAUAUUAAAGCACAAGUUUCUAUCUGACCUGCCAGCACCUUCUUUACUGCAAAGACAGGGGACUUGCCUGAAUGGCAUCCGCCAACCCAGGGACCUCGGCGCAACAUAGGCCUUGUCCUCACUGCACUCGUGGUGUGCUUCUGACUUUCCCCUGUUGCCUAAGUCAAGGCCGAACUCCAGCCUGGUGGCUUUGCCAGAAGGGAGCCAGAAGUGGGGCACACAUGGAGCCCCUCCCUUGGUCAGACUCUGGGACUCCUGAGAUGGGAGAGGCAGGGAUCAGAGGAGGAACAGGUGGGACUUUGCGAGCUCUGUGACUGUCCCACAUCCAGGGGACAAGGAAGGUAGGACACCUGCUGCACACAACUCUGUCCAGAGUGAGCACUGGAUGGUGGAGACCACAGGGCACCCCAGAUCCCCUGACCUAUUUCUGGGACACCAUAUUUCCCUCCUCAGUGUGCGCCCUUUGAAGAGACCCAGCACAGGGUCUUGGGCCUGGGCGGUCUGAAGACUGAUACCUUCUCCACUCCACCCUACAAGCAGUGAGACUCCUGAGAACACGGUUCCCUCCUAGCCUCAGCCCCCAGCUGGGUCUCAGAGGAGCUGGGGGAGUGGUGGCCAGCCCAUUUUCUGGGGUGAGGCUUGACUUUGAGAAAAGCAGAAGAGACGUCCCACUUCUGUGAUUUGGUGCCCCCAUAUCAGAUAGUGAAUUUGGAAGUGGAGAGGGGCCUUCAUUUCUUAUCUACUUGGCAUGAAAGGGUGCCCUGGAUAGGAGGGUGUGUGCAAGGCAAAAUGCCAAAAAGCACUGUCUAGUUGAAAGUUCCCUUCUCCACCCAGGGACAGUGAAGGAGGAGGGGCUUAUAGAGCUGGGAUUGGUGGAGGGAGCAGGUGCCAGUCCCCUCACUCUCUGGGAGCUAUGAAAGGGCUCCCUGUCCUUGGGUCCUGGGUUAGGCACCUGAGAUUGACAUGAUGGGAUCUAGAUCUUUCCUCUUUGACAUCACCCCUGAGCCCCCACCCAGCCAUCCGUGGGAGAGAGAAGGCCCAGCCCCUUCUAGAAUGAGUCUUUAUGCAUGCGUGCAUAUGUGUGUAUGUGUCUGUGCCCAUCUGUAUUUAGGUACCACCGUGGGUACAUUGUUGGGCAGGAGUGUGUGCAAACACAGGUCUGUGUAUGCAAUCGCACAUAUCUGCCUGUGAGACUGGACUGAGACCCAGUCGUUUCUGUGAGUGUCCGUGUACGUCAGCAUGUGUGUCCACCCUCCUGAGUGAUGUGUUUGCUUGUAGGGUGCUGGCUGAAUAGACUGUCCAGCCCUGUUCUGUAGUCUCAAGCUGCCUGCGAUGGCCUGAAAUUCCACCUUUCAUCCCCUAUGGAUGACAGAGAGCUUACAGAUGACCUUAUUGAAUGUAAGCACCUUUGGUGAGGAGCGUCACAGGGCUCCUCCUGGAGCAUUUGGUGGGGACAGCUGCAGAGAAGAGGCCUGGAACUCGGGCAGCACUGCAGCGCCAGGAGGCAGGCGGGGAACCGAGGCAAAGGCUGCCCAUCUCCCCCUGCCAGGCCUGUGUGAUCAUUAUCACCAACAGCUGGUGGUUGGCCAGGCCAGGAUGCAGCGGGGCCUUCUGAUGCCCAAUCAGCACGGCUGCCUUCCUGGCCCAGUCAAGGCCUCUGUCUGAAAUGAAUCGCUCCAGGUUCUCAGCAUACACUUCCAUCACGUCUGUCAGGUGUUGUUCCUUAACUGUCCCAUCUGUGCAGAGUCCGUUGCCCCAACUAGACUGUGAGCUCCUCCUCUGAGCCUUCCAAGUCCUCCCUCCACCUCCGCCACCUCCCGCUCCCACCCAGCACAAGUGAGCCUGGUGUGGAAACCGCUCCAUUGCCCGGUGGAAUGGAUUCUGUCAUCAGUGGUUCCUGGCCUUGCCUGCAGAAUAGAACCACCAGAGUCCUUUAAAAAGCAUUGCUGCUUGGUUCCCACCUCAGAGGUUUUGAUUUAAUUGGACUGGAGCGCAGUUGGACAUCAUAAAUGUUGAAAAGCUCCUCAGGUUCUCCUGACAGCAGGAACCACUGGCCUGGCACCACCUGGGUGCUUCCUCUGUGCCCUCGCUGGGGUAGGCAUUGGAGCACCAGAGAUGAAUAGCCCCAAGUGCUCCCUCUUUGGGGUUCCCAAGGCACCCUGUGCCUGCUUCCCUCAGAGGACCUUCCAAUCCAUCUGCCCCGCAACCCUGGCUGCUCCAACAGGGGGACUUGCCUCCCUUGCUUCCUUCAGGAUCCAUAGAGCGGACAGUAAAGGUGCUCAGUACACGUUGGCUGAGCUGAACUGCAUACAUGCGGCCCCCAGGUUCCCGGUCUUUAUGGACGAAGGGCACAAGGUGGAGGGGGGAUGGGGGGAUGCUGCUGGAGGUCUCAGUGGGUGCAGACAGCCCUGCCUUGAGGAUAGCUUGACCUGGGAUUGACAAAGUGUGUCUGCUGAAAUGCUGAGGUCCCCACAUGUGAAUGGGUGAGGCCGAUGAGUAUGUGUGUGUGUGCCAGCAGGUGGGUGGGGGAUGUGGGUGUCAGUGUAUGCCAGCGGGCACUGUGGGUGUCUAGGCACGUGCUGGUCUAUGUGUGUGUGUGUGUGUGUGUUCCUCAGCAGGAACGAGUAUCUUUGCCUGUCACCAGGUGACUCGUCAGUGUCUGUGUCUGUGUGUGCCUGUGAGCCGGCAUCUCUGUAUCAGUGUUGCUCAUGCUGUGUGUCUUUGUGCGCCAUGGUGUGUCAGUGUCUGUGUGUUGAUGGGUGGCCCAUGAGUGACCCCCACCAGGGGAGACCAGGCUGGCUGGAUCCAGCACAUCUCCCCAGUGGCAGCCUCGCCCUCUGGGUCAGGGUGACUGAGGCAUUUUGUGGCCUUAAAACGGGGUGUUCAGGGUCAGCCCUCAGGGUGCUGGGGCCCUUCCAUCCCUUGUCCCCUUCAGGCUGGUGAAAAGGACUCCGGGGGCCAGGUGCUGCUUAGCAGCUUAUGGAAGUCUCAGCUUGGCUAUCCUGCCCUUGGGACCACAGACAGGCUCCUAGGGUGCUGAGUGAAGCCUGAAGACCAAGCCCCCUCCUCCUGCCAUGCUCCUUCCACCCCUGCCUCUCGGAGAUGGGCCUGACACCUCUUUCUCAUUCAUUCUCCUUUUCCCUGUGCUCUGGGAAAGCGCCUGGCUCAGUCUGUCAGAGUGAGGAUGGACCUCAAAAUUCGACCCCUCAAAAUUCGUGCAGAUGAAGAAGCUGAAGCCCAGAGUGGGGAAGGGGAGUGGCCCAAGGUCACACAGCUAGUUUGAGUAGAGCCAGUCUUGGGAGAGCCAGGUACUACAGCUCUGGGGGUCUCACACCACUUGUCACUGCCCCUGAGGUCUCCUGCCAAACAACUGCAGGGAGUUUGGCUAACAGUCCUGUCUCCAGGGUGCCGGUGGGGAUGUUAUAGAUGUUGCUGGGAUCCUGCCCUAGGCUCCAAAUUCUGGCCUCUUAUCCCAGGCUGCAGACCCUUCUGCCCCAUGGCAGGCCUGGGUGCCACACAGAGGUGGCCACCCUCCCACCACAGUGUCUGCAGCUGCUGCCCCUCUCCCAGGCCCCCAGACAGAAGAGACCCUGUUUCCCCUCGUCUCCCCUGUGACUUCACAAGAGCUUGGGCUAGGAGUGAAGGUCAGCAUGUUCUCAUGUGCUCAUCCUCUUGGCUUCCCCAAAGACCAGGAGGGUCACGGAUGGGGCAUGCAGAUUCCUUGUGUUUUUUCUCGUUGGGCAGCUUGAGGGGCUGGGGAGUAUUCCCAGGGUCUUUCCUCUGCUCUGGAGAGUCCCUGCAGAGCCACUGGCUGAGGCUGGGUUCAGGGUUCAGCGGAGUCCUCCAUGCUUCCAAAGGCCGGGAAGCACCCGCCUCUCUAUCGAGUCAGUGCUGUGCGUGUGUGUCUGAGAAUGUGUGUGAUGUGUGGAGUGUGUGUGUGUGUGUGUGUGUGUGUGUGUGUUGGGGCAGAAGGACCACUCUUUCCUGGGGAUCCCUUGACCCUCAUAACUAGAAGGGACCUUAGGGAGCAUCUAAGCUGGUGCCCCCAUUGUACAGGCGAGGUCCAGAGGGAUGGCAUCUUCCCACCUCACCCCUUGCCCUCUUGUUGCCUGCACUCAUUUCGCAGGGACUCUCCUAGGAGAGGAGUGCCCUCCUUCCUAGCCCCCUCCCACCAUCCUCCCAGCCACCCACAUAAUCACCAUCUCAGCCCAACUCUGGUGGCUCUCUAGGCCCCAGUGGUCUCCAUGCAUCCUUCCUGCCCCAGAGUAGCCAGCUCACCAAGGCCUUUAUCCCCAGCCCAGGAGAAGGGGCAGGGACGGAAGGGGCUGCGCCAGCCCUGAGGCCUCAAAGACUUGGGAGAAAAGCCAAAACUCCUCAUGCCCAGGCCCACAUGUCUGACCACCCCAGCCCACCCCACCACCAAGGUAAAAGCACAACAGGAGACCCCCUUAUUAAUGGGUGAAAUGUAUUGGGGUUGAUUUUUUAGUCACACGACCCCAUCCUCACCCCUUUGCCUUGCUGUCUGUCUCCACCCCAGCCUCUGUUCCCCAUUUGCCUCUCUUUCACCUCCAAGCCCCCAAAUGUAACCUCUAGUUGCGGACGCGGUUGUUCUAUCAAUAAAGCUGCAGUGUUCUAGC